AUGGCAGACGCCGAGUCUUCGACGCACACGUCACCGACCGCUGGUCCGUCCACGUCGAACUAUGUCAAACGCGCCGCGAUCGCAUGCACUCGCUGCCAGCUCAACCGCAAGAAGUGUAUGCGCGAUGCGCGCAAGCAGAGCGCGUGCGUCGCUUGUGUUUUGGCUGACGAUGGAGAGGCGUGUAUUGUACGAGACCGAGCACGACCCAAUCGGUGAGCUCGUAGUCCUUGAGGGACGGGCAGAGCUCGAGCUGGACUGACACUUGCCGUCGGACCCCGGACCAGCGGCCGCCGGAAAGCUCAAGCGAUCUCAGCCUCCACAAGUCCCGACUCGAGGCAUGUCUCCGUCAAAGUACACCCACUCGGGCCCGGAGGUGUGGUGCAAACCAGCAAUUCGGUGAUGAAAAACAACGCGCAGACACUCGCUCCACCGCGUGGGCUCGUACACUCCGUCCAAGAAGAGGUCGAACGCAUGUACACAAUCCGAACCGGUCUUUCGCUCGACCUCUCGCUCCCCGUCGCGGAUCUGCAUAGUCAGAACCAGUCGCUGCUCUCCUCGGCGUCAUUCGAUGCUCUGGACGUUGUCGACACGACGAGCCUCGUGAACAUCUUCGUCAAGGACAUGAAUCACGCCCUUGUCUUCCUUGAUAAAGUCCACCUCUGGGGCAUCCACGCCAAGAUGGUGGCCAGCACUGCUUCGGGGGAAUCGACGCUCACUCCGGGCGAGGCCGCGCUUCUCGAUAUGGUGUGUUGCCUCGGAACGUUCCGAGCGCUCACAUUUGACGACCAGUCCAAGAAAUAUGUACCCCCUUUGGGCGGGGAACGACUGGAUGAGCUGUGGUACCGUCAAUCGUGUGCCAUCAUGGAUAGCUGGGAAGGGGCCUCCUUGACCGCGCUUCGUGAGUCUCCGGUGCGCUGAAAAAGCACGGCCGUGACUUGGAGGAUGGCGACUGAUAGAUGACGGUAUAUUAUGGUGCAGAGGCGCUGUUUCUUCAAUACAUUUACAUCUCAUCGACGGGCAACUCGGCGAAAGCUAGACGACUUUUGGGCAAGGCGAUUCGGAUGGCCCACGAUGACCUCAAGCUGAACCGAAUUGAAUCUACCGAAACGUUCGCACCUCAGGACAAGGCACAUCUGUUGUACUUUUUCAUUUAUUUUGCCGACUGGUACGUCGAGGCUGAUCGUGCUGCUCCUCCUUCAUGCUGUACUCAUCUCGACGAUCGAUUGCACUCUCAUUCCUACAGCUACCAGUCGGCAAUCUGCGGACUAACCCCCCUCGUCUCGCUGAACGAUUUUGACUCCGCGGUGCUGGACCCCCAGCUCCUGUUCCAAAAGGGGGCUCAAACCCGACCAGGGGGUCGAUCUCUCCCGGACCUGGUCAAGCUCGUCCUGAUCCAGGGCGAUACGUUGAGCGCCCUGGCCUCAAACGACGAUCCAGACCUCGUUACGUUUCGGAAGAUCGACAGGAAGCUCACCGAAUGGGUCCAAGGGCGGGUGCCUGAGAGCGCGUCGGCUUCAUGGAGGGAGAAAACGUUGGCCACGCUUUGUACGAUACAUUUCAAUUGGUGCGUCCAACCUUUUCGCUCAGUCGACAUGUUUUUCUUCUUUCGGCGACUUAGGCUCCGUGAUGUGCUGCACAGGACUCGGUUGAUGCUGUACAAUGGACACAUCGGGCGAAACCCUCUCUUGGCGGACGGGACGCUGACAACUUUGCUGGCUCGAUCGGCCGUUCAAAUCAUUGAGGCGUACCACGAGGCGUUGCAGGGGCAUCUGAACUUUCCAUUCCAUCAACUGCAGCGCGUUAUUACGGCGGCUUACGUCCUUUUGCUGUCGUUCGUGAAAGGGGAGAUGCGUAUGACAGGUAAGCGAGAGCGCCCCUCACCUCAUACAAUCUUUCGGCUGACGAGAUUUCCUCUGUUGUGCUGGCUAAGAAACCAACCGCGCGCUUUCGUUGGUCUGCAACAUCCUCCAAGUACUCCAUACGCGCUGGCACAGCGCCGAGCAGGCCCACGAAGCCCUGGGUCUCGUUGUCGCGUCCUUGGGUUCGUCCACCUGCCAACCUUUCCCCUUCUGACCUCUCCUUCCGAGAUUAUCACCUGCAUCAACCACACCUAAGCUAACCGUUCUUUUCCAACACUAGGACUUUCUCCCCUCGCCCCCUUGAUCAAACCAAAUGACGCCCUACCGCCCUUCAAUCUCGCCCCACCUCUCUCCGACCUAGACCGCACGUGCAUCGACGCCUCGACUCUUCCGUCACAACCUUCGGGAAGCCAUGUCUUUGCGCCUUGGACGUUCAGUCCGGAUUUCGCGUGGGACAUGAUGGAUUUCCCGCUGGGAUUCGAGAGGGGGGGGAAAGCGGGGUUCGUGUAG